AGAAAUAAACAAGGCACGCUACGUCCUUGACAGUCACAAUCAAGCCAAGGCGGGUUCCGGAGCCUUGUUAAUAAACGUCUCCCCAAGGCCCAAAGAACGCGGGCCUCGGUCCUGCUGGGGGCGGGGGUCGGAGGGGCCACCGUGCGUCCUGGGGCUUCCUCCGCCCGCCGGGUCCCGCGCGCGUCCCGCUGGGUUCGUGCUGGGUGUCUCCCGGGCGACGGGCUCCGCACCAAGAUGGCGGAGGAAAAGGACGCGGAAGGGACAGAGGCAUUAGUUGCAGAACUUCAUAAGAAGAUCAAAGACGCAUUUGAAGUGUUUGACCAUGAAUCGAAUAAUACAGUAGAUGUGAGAGAGAUUGGGACAAUUGUCAGGUCAUUAGGAUGCUGCCCAACUGAAGGAGAACUGCAUGAUUUCAUUGCAGAGAUAGAGGAAGAAGAACCCACUGGAUACAUUCGAUUUGAAAAAUUUAUUCCAGUGAUGACCAGAGCACUUGUGGAAAGAAGAUACAGACCAGCUGCUGAAGAUAUCCUUUUGCGAGCUUUCGAGGUGUUGGAUCCAGCUAAACGCGGGUUUCUUACUAAGGAUGAACUGAUCAAGUACAUGACUGAGGAAGGGGAGCCUUUUUCCCAAGAGGAAAUGGAAGAAAUGUUGUCUGCUGCAAUUGAUCCCGAAUCAAACACCAUUAAUUACAGGGACUACAUAACAAUGAUGGUUGUAGAUGAAAAUUAAAUGCUGCAACGACUUCUUUUUUCUCCUUUUAAGACAACUGUAAACAUUCAAUUUCUAAUUGAAAAAAUUAUUUGAAAAAUUGUUUGUCCUAAUUAAUUUCACAUUUUAUUUUAUAAUUUCUAUAUUUAGUGCCUUAUGACAUAAUUGUUUCAAGGUAUUUUGUUUACUAGAGGUGGUCAAUUUAACACAUAAAUUUAUUUAGUAUGACCAGAUUUAUGGAAGGACAAGUUGAUUAUUUCAAAGGACUUGUACAGUAUUUUAAUGUUAAGUGUAUCGUGGCUUAUUUUCCACAACUAGGCAAAUGAUACAUUGAAAUUAAUUAGAAAAUGGAGAUUGAUCCUAACCCCCUAACAUUUGCCAUAGGAAGCUCUUGCAGGGCUGGACGGCCACAGACUAGAUGUGAGUGGGAGCGUGGUGAUGGCUGCCUUUCAGAGCAGCAGUAAACACUUCAGCAAGCAGAAUAUGGAGGGAGAGCGACCAGAAUAACUAUUAAUAAUUGAUUUCUUAUGAAUGCCAAUUACAAAUCUCAUUUGAGAGUCUAAUAACUUUGAGUAAAAUUGAAAAUUGCUCAUCCAGCAUUUUGCCAUUUAUGGAAUAGCUAAAGGAGGUGAGAUAAUUGGAUCCAGAGAAAGGAAGACUGAAUGAAAACUGAUAAUGGCAACUCCUUUUUUUGCUCUUUAGAAUUCUCACCUAUUCAGAAUAUCUGUCAUGGGAAUAUUGUCCUGGGUACUGAGUGUAUUCAUCUGUUGUUACCAGAAUGUAGUACCAGAUAAGGGCUGACUCCAGAAGAAAGAGGUUCAUUUAGCUCACAGUUAUAGAUGGUCAAGGUCCAGGCAGCAUUGUACAGGCUGAGUGAGGGCCACCCUUGUAUGCAUCUCACCAAGGUGCAGCUAGCCAGACAGAAGCAGGAGCAAGCAAGAGCAGAGAGGCUGGGAGGAGGGGUCAGGCCUGUUCCUUUUACAAUAGUCCUCUCAUAGGAAUUACUUUCCGGGCUGGGGAGAUGGCUCAGUGGGUAAAGCAUUUGCUGAGUAUCAUUAGAUAAUGUGGUGGAAGCUGGAGAUGAAAGAUGGAUAAGCCUCUAAUUAAUCAAGGUCACAGUUUAGUGAGGGAGUCUUGCAAGUCAAUCAGCAACCACACAUUCAGGGGACGGAAGGUUGCACAAAAGAAGCAAAGGAAGCCUGGUGGGGUGAGGGUGCUUUCUGGUGGGCAGACUCGAAGAGGUAACACAUGACUUACAAACUUAGUAGUUGUUAAGUUUUGACAAAUAGUCAUUCUUUGAGCAGUUUACUUCAGAGCAUGUCAGCAGCAGGACAGCAGAUCAAAUCCCCAGAGGUGUCAUGAAACACAACUCUGGGAAUUGAAAGUAUGGUUGAUAGAUAUUUGGAACCUGAUGAGAGAUGAGAGGUUGAGAUAAGAACCAUAUCCUAAGAGAUAAUAAGCUAAUUGGGGUUAAGGUUUCAGUGUUUGAACAUGAACUUUCUCUGAGAAUCAGAGAGAAAGGAGCUGGAGUUGUAAAUAGCCUGAGAAAUACUUUGAAGGGUCAAGGCCAGAGGCAAGGAGACCAGCUGGUAGGCUGCUUCGUGGGCGGUAAGAGCUGGGCUAGGGAAAGUCAAGCACAAAUCCUACGUGUCUGGCUUGAACACUUGGUAAAUAAUAAUAUCAGCCAUUUGGAUAAGAUGCCCAAGGCUUAGGCUAAUGAGCUUGUCUGUGGUCAUCUCCAGCUCGAAGAGCUGGUAGAAGAUAGAAAGAUCAAGUGGAUAAAUACGGGGACAUCUGCUAGAGACACAGGCUUUGAAGUUGUUAGAACAUGGUGUCCUGGAAA